CUGUCAGUUUCAGCCAUACUGUCAAUGGUUUCAGCAGAGCUCUGUCGUGCUGCGCUGGCGAAGAGCACACACUGACAUACACUGGCUGGCUCGAGCUUAAAAACAUGGAUCAGGACAACAAUCCAGAGAAUGUGCCCUUCAGCCUACCAGAGGACCCUUCAGAAGAGGGACUGCCUUCUCUACCUGCAGGGAUCUCGGACAGUGAAGCAAUGGAGAUGCUUUGGCAGCUGCGAGCCCAGCGCCGCCAGCCGGCCCCUGAGCUCCCAGAGACAGUGUCCUGUCUUACUGCCCCUGAUGGCAGCCUCCUAUACCUGGUGGGCACGGCCCACUUCAGUGACAGCAGCAAAAAGGACGUGGCCACGAUAAUCCGUGCUGUGCAGCCAGACGUGGUGGUGGUGGAGCUGUGCCAGUACAGGGUGUCUAUGCUGAAGAUGGACGAGAAUACACUGCUGAGAGAAGCCAAAGACAUCAACCUGGAUAAGGUUCAGCAGGCCAUCAAACAGAAUGGGUUGAUGUCUGGCCUGAUGCAGAUUCUCCUGCUCAAAGUCUCAGCUCACAUCACGCAGCAGCUGGGCAUGGCUCCUGGAGGAGAGUUUAGGGAGGCCUUCAAAGAGGCGGGACGGGUGCCGUUCUGUAAAUUCCACCUUGGCGACAGGCCGAUCCCUGUUACAUUCAAGAGGGCCAUUGCUGCUCUAACUCUGUGGCAGAAGGCCCGCCUGGCAUGGGGUCUUUGCUUUCUGUCUGACCCAAUCAGUAAAGAGGACGUAGAGAAGUGCAAACAGAAGGACUUGCUGGAGCAGGCCAUGUCGGAGAUGAUCGGCGAGUUUCCCACUCUCCACCAGACCAUUGUGGCUGAAAGAGACGUCUACCUCACACACUCGCUCCGCCAGGCUACACGCUGUGUGGAGGCCCCCCCUGAUGCCCAGAAAGUGCCUGCUGUGGUGGUAGGAGUUGUAGGGAUGGGUCAUGUCCCUGGCAUAGAAAAAAACUGGGAGAAGCAGCUCAACAUUAGCGAAAUCAUGAGUGUUGCACCUCCCUCGCGCUUUGGCUGGGUGUUGCGCACGGUCCUAAAGGGUGUGAUGAUGGGAAUGCUGGGAUACGCUUGCUACCGUGCUGGAGGGAGUUUAGGCCGAACCCUGCUGACUUUACCUGGAGUCCAGUCUUUACUGGAGACUCUGCGGCCACCCCCUGCUUGACCCCACCGGUCCUCCCUAAGCCAUCAAUGACCCGACAGUUGAUCUAUUUAAACAAUGCAUCUAUCACCAAUGGCCUUAAUCAACCCAGAGGUGAGGCUGGAGGAAAGGUGUCACCAGCCCACACUAUGAACUAACGAGGACCUCAGAGAGUUAAGAGCCUCCAACCUUGUAUUGAGGUGUCCCUGUAGACACAGCAGGGCUGUACUGCCAAAGAAACCAUGACAGUACUCUUUUUUUUUUUCUUCUUCUUCUUUUCUUAUUUUGUGCAAAUCCUGCAUUUUGGUUUACAAAUGCCAAUAAUUCCUUUUGAAUAUAUUUCCCCCCCACCAUUCCUUUUUAAAUGACUUACAGAGCUUUUAUUUGACAAGUAUCAUCAGUUAUCUUCAGUCAGCUGCCCUGAAAUGACCGAGCCUCUUCCAAGAUGCACACUUUUUUAACUCUGUUUCCUUAGUCCUUCGUCCUUUUCUGCUACCAACCAGUAUUUCUGGUUAAUGGCCCAUUUCAAGUCCAGCAGUUUAUAAGAGACUGGUUGAGCCUGGUACUGUACAUGCAGCCAAUGGGAAGGGAAAAGAAAGUAGAACAUCAAGUCAGUCAUAACUAUAAUGAACAAAUUACAAAAAUAUAGUGUGGGAACUCUAUAAAAACCUUCAGUUGUUAUAGUUGGUGGAUAUAGUGACGUCUGAAUUGAAAGGCUGACUAUUAUUUUCUGUUCUUUCUUCUGCAAUUUAAAAUUCUUCAAAACUACACGAUUAGCAAAAGACAAAAUUGACUUAUUUCCAGUGUGCGCAGUCCUGCCCACAUCAACAGACAAGUGCCUCACAUUGCAGCGGUAAGGGCUAAUGGUGAACUAAAUGGAAUGAGGAAAAAUGUGUUAUAUGCAUCUUACACAUACUACAACCAAACGGUCAAUGCAAGUUUCUAAAAUUCUGUCUCUAUGUAAUUAUAUGAUUAUUUUAUAAAUACUGCUGCCCCGAA